AUGCUUCAUCCGAUUUUGGAUCUUAGUAGUGUGAAUGUUGUCCUUGCAUUGUCAGGAAUUUACAUUUUGGUCUUUGGUUUCGUUGCUGUGAAGAUCAAGCAAAGAUGGUACCUUGGUGAAGCCUUACCGUCGUUUAUUAUGGGCACUAUAAUAGGGCCGUUUUGUGCCAGAUUCAUCAACGUGAGCCAAUGGAGUGGAGACUCUGAAACUGAUGUUGCUGACAUUGCCUAUGGCCUGAGCCGACUGGUAAUUGGUAUCGCGAUGGUCAAAGUUGGUUAUGAACUACCAAAACGGUAUCUUCGGCUUCGCCUAGUUGAGCUCACGAUCUGUUUGCUGCCCUUGAUGACCAUCCAAUGGUUGAUCACAUCGGCAUGUAUCAAGCUGAUAAUCCCUCAGUUGAGCUUUUUGACUUCACUCAUCAUCGGAUCUUGUGUGAUAUGCAUCGAUCCAGUUCUCUCGCAGGCCAUCGCCAAAGGCCCUUUCGCAGAUCAAUACGUUCGAAGGCAUCUUCGAGAAUUUAUCUCUGCCGAAGCAGGUGGAAAUGAUGGUUUCGGGUUUCCGUUUCUUUUGCUCUCGAUUGCUCUCCUUCGUUAUACCGAGGCUCCACCGGGUGCAAUGAAUUCAGCAAAGGCCGACCUCACAAAUCGUAGGCGUGAUUGGAUUGGUGAACAAGAUACUGGUCGGUUUGGUGGCGAUGUCGGACGCGCUUUGGCACAUUGGGCUGUUGAAGGGGUAUUAUACAUGCUGGUUAUGGGCGCUGGAUAUGGUGUCCUUCUGUUUAUUGUCGGCACCUGUGGCUGUUUCGGAUCUGAUGAGACCCUCGCCUGCUUCGUCGCCGGUUGCGCUUUGAAUUGGGACGGAUCAUACCAUUUCGAAGUUGAGGAACGGCAUGAUUCUUUCAAUCCUGCAAUUGAAAAUAUCCUGAACUUCGGGACGUUCAUGUUCCUCGGUGCUAUUACGCCAUGGGAUCAGUUUCAAAUGCCCAGCCAGAAUGGAAUCACCAUCGCCCGAUUGGUCGGGUUGGGAUUCUUGAUUUUGAUAUUUCGCCGGAUCCCGGCGAUCAUGAUGGGAUAUCGAUUUAUGCCUAAAGUGUGCAAUGAUUGGAAAGAGGCGUUAUUUAUGGGUUAUUUUGGGCCGAUUGGAAUUGGCGCGAUAUCAUAUGUGGAGUAUGCACGCAGACUAUUACCGGACCCAGGAGAAAGCGAUGCCGAGAUCAACACCCUGACUUCGACUAUGAUUCCCGUGGUCUACUGGCUCGUCUUCUUCUCCAUCGUCAUCCAUGGACUCUCGAUACCAGUUCUGAACUGCCUCUAUAAAUGGUUCAAGGUUCCCACGAUCAAAGACCAUCCAAUCGAGAUAAUUCUUCUCUCCGAGAACGAACCGGUCCCCAACAAUAGUGUGGUCGAUCGCCAAGGUCAUUCGAUUAUGCUCAACAACCGCUUCUCUUGUGCCUCCGGUCACCGUCCUCACACAUAUGAUGGCAAGGACCAAGGAGAACCGGAUAUGAUAAUGUUGUACUGCAGUGGAGACACAAAUUAUACUGCCUCACUGGAACAAGAUUCGACUAAGACGUCUUCACGGGAGCUUGAGCGGACUAUAUCCGCAAGAAACGUGGUUUAG